UGUCAUUGAUCUUGGAAGAGUGUGAUGGCUCUUUCCCAGUGUCUUGAGGAUUCGCCUGGUUGGCGGACACCGAAGACAGGACAGGACGUAAAUGUCAAAGAACUGUACAAUGAGAGACACCGACUCGCUCUGGAAGAGUUGAUCGCCGGUGGGGUGGAUUCCUUCAUGGGAUUCAUAAAGAAAGAGAGGAUCCCCAACUUUCUCUCGGAUGACGAGAUUAGGCGGAUUUCACGUGCUGCUGUCGUUCCGAAGUCGGUUUCUUUGGUCGGAGAUGAUUCUCAUUUGGACCAGUCUGGCACACUGGACUGCUCAUCUGUGACUUAUUUCCCUGAGAUCUCCGAUAUUGAGCCUCCAGAUUUAGAGAUGGGUUGGCCAGCGUUCACCGCAGGAUCGUUCCGUGGAGUGACGCGCGCUGUUGCAUACUUCCAACCAAGUUAUGGCGAGUGCAUUUAUAGUUGCAAAGAAGCAGCAAGGAGGAUGAUAAAAAAUGCAAAGGAGGUGAUUGCUAUUGUGACAGACUCCCUGACAGACCUGGAUAUCUUCCAUGACCUGCAGGAAGCAUGCACAUGCCGCAGAGUCCCUGUGUACAUACUUUUAGACCAGUCAUCUUUCCCCUCAUUCUUACAGAUGUGUAAAAACCUACAUGUACAGUUGGAUGAACUACCGCAAAUGAAAGUGCGGACCAUAACAGGCUCUACCUACUACAUGAGAUCAGGUGCUCGGAUCACCGGAAAGGUUCAUGAGCGAUUCAUGCUUAUUGAUGGGAACAGAGUGACGACAGGUUCAUAUAGGUUUAACUGGACCGAUGGCAAACUUAAUAGCAGCAAUCUUAUCGAGUUAUCUGGCCAGAUAACUGAGAAAUUUGACGAAGAGUUUCGCAUCCUCUAUGCCCAGUCCCUACCACUGCCAGUGAAUACAAGAGCUCCCUCUAGUGCCAGAAACAGCGGUAUAUAUGACCACCUUGCCCUCAAACCACCUGGAACGCCUCCCUCCCUCUUGGCACGAACAACAAAGCCUCAACCAGAAUGUCUGACGAGCACUCCAGCCAGACUUCAGACCCCAGAGAUCCAACAGACGAAAAAAGACAGAGAGGAUCGAGACAGAAAGAGUAACCCAGUUUCUGAUACUUCUACUCUAGGAGAAGACUGGUUAGAGCAGGAGCUCCGGGAGGAAGUGUUAACCUCAGAUGGUCCUUCUGGUGUGCUGGCAAUGAAUGUUUGUGAUCGCAUUACGACUCACACUCAGACAAUGGAAGUGAUCAUCUCUCCUACUUUACCUUCAUGCCAUAUCUCUACACAAACGGCCUGCCAGACAGCAGACAUCAGUGUGCAGACAAGCGCAGACACCUUCCCCUCCAGAAGCAACCAGAUCAGCCCUGGCACCUCAUCCACCUCCAGCUCUUCUCCAUCCAAAAAUUGCCCAAAACCACAGGAGGUGGACUGUCGCACUGUUAUUCACCACAACACUGCAGUCCCUCAAGAUGGCGACCUGAGGGAAUGCAUUAGGAAGCUCAAUAAAGAGCGACAGUACCGCUACUCCUCGAUUCGCUCCAAGCUGGACCACAUGGUGACACUGCUCUCUAACAAGAGGGAACUGGUGGACCUCACCAACCUGACGCCUGGCCUACAAAGAGGACGCAAAGGUCAGCAGGAGGGCAGGCAGGUUCACAGUGCACUUGACAGUGGGGUGAUGGGGACUUGGCCUAGGUCAAGGUGUCUACAAUAAAGGAGGUCUGGAGUGCGGCCUGGUGGUGGGUGUAUUGGUGUUAAACUUUUUGAAAAAUCAAUCAUUUAAUGUUUUAUUGAGAACAAAUCUACUAAAACUAUAUCUUCUAAAACUAUAUCCUCUAAAACUCAUCUAUGAACAGUCCCCUGUGGUUGCAUAUUUCUUGACUUGUCUUGAGUUGAUUGAAUCCAAAUUGUAUUGGAAAAGUAUUUGAAUAUUUAUUUACAACAAAUACACAGUUUUUUUUGUUGUUGUUCUUUAUUAUUUUUAUAUUAAUUAUGGUUAAGUCCUUUGAAUAAAAUAGUGCAUUUAAAGGGUUAGUUCACCCAAAAAUUUAAAUUCUCUCAUAAUUUACCCACCCUUAAGCCAACCCAGAUGUGGAUGACUUUCCUUCAUCUGCUGAACUCAAACAAAUUUUUUUAGAUGAAUACCUCAGCUCUGUAGAUCAAUACAAUGCAAGUGAAUGGGUGCCAAAAUUAAGAAGCUCUAAAAUCCACAUAAGGGCAACAUAAAAGUAAUCCAGACAACUCUGAUGGUUCAGUCAAUAUCUUCUGAAGUGAUAUGAUAGGUGUCGGUGAGAAACAGAUCUAUAUUUAAGUCCUUUAAUUUCUUCUUCUGUUUUUGGCGAUUCAAAUUCUUUGUGCAUAUCGCUCCCUACUGGGCAGGGAGGAGAAUUUAGAAUGAGAUUUAUUGCCAAGUAUGCUUGCACAUAAAAGGAAUUUGUCUUGGAGACAGAAGCUUCCAGUGCACAAACAGUACAACAAAAAAAGACCAAUAAUAAAAAAAGUGAAGAGAAAAUAUAUAGAGAGAAAUGUAUAUAGAAAUGCACAAUAAGACUAUAUAUAUAUAUAUAUAUAUAUAUAUAUAUAUAUAUAAUUUAUUUAUUUUCAAUUACAAAUCUGUUAUAUGC